GCAAACAUACAACAAGAAAAUGUUGCUUGUGGUCCUCAACUCUUUUUUUUUCCACCUUUUUUUUUUCUUUCACUCUCUUCUCCUUCAUUUCUUCAAAGUCCCACAAACUUUGCUCCCAACAUUUUAUCACUUCUUCAUUAUAUAUAUCUCCUUCUCCUGCAAUGGAAACUACAGGCUUCAGAAGAAAGAGUGCUUUGAAAGCAAAGAUGAAUAAGGGUUUCACAGCCGAAGAUCUGGACGAUGACAUGGAGGAAGAAGAAGAAGAGGGUGUUGGUGAUCAUGGUUUUCCAGAUGAUGAAAAGAAGAAGAAAGCAUAUGGAAAGAGAGGGUCUAGUGGUGGUGCUGGGGUGUCACCGCCUUCUUGUCAAGUGGAAAAAUGUGGGCUUGAUUUAUCGGAUGCCAAGCGAUACCACAGGCGCCAUAAGGUGUGUGAGAUUCAUGCCAAGGCGCCGGUUGUGGUUGUUGCUGGCCUCAGGCAGCGCUUCUGUCAACAAUGCAGCAGGUUCCAUGAGCUAUCGGAGUUUGAUGAAGCAAAAAGGAGCUGUCGUAGGCGUUUGGCUGGACACAACGAAAGGCGUAGGAAGAGCUCAGCCGAAUCAUCUACAGAAGGCUCGAGCCGCAAAGGGAUGAGUUCUCAGUUGAGAGAGAGUCAAUGCAGGCAGGCCGAUGAUCAAAGAGCCAGAGUUCCAAUAGCAAUCCCAGGCAAUUCAUCUUUUAAGCGUUCCCAAAACAGAUAAGGAGCUUAAUGACCAAAACAUCAGCAGCAUGCUCCCUCUCUUCUGUCAGCCAAUGGCUUAUGCAUUUCACUAUGCACUAGUACUUACUAUACUAUGUUGGAGGAUUCAAUAACUAUAUCAGGCAUAGAAAUUUAAGUCAGGUAUCAGUGCUUCUGAAGCCUGUGUUCUCGUGUCUUGCCUGCUGCGUAAUCUAGGCUUUCUGUACUGAUAACCCUUCAUCUAUGGAGUCUUCUAUUGUAUCAAUGGUUAUAUCCAUAUUCCCUAUGAACUGGUUCAUUGCUAACCUUUGCAUUUGUUUUCAA